UUCUAGGGGCGCGCGCUUCCUCCUCCUCUCCACCUCAUCCCUCUCUUCCCUGGCCGCCCUUCCUCUCCUCUGGAAGCGGGUCUCCGGACUGGCCGGGAUGAGCCUGUGGCCGGCAGAGCUGAGCAGCCCGGCGGCGGCCGGCUCGCUGCUCCUGUGCGCCGCGCAGCUGGCGGCGGGCUACGCGCUGGGCAGCCGGCUGGGCCGCGGGGCGAGCUCCACCGACCGCUGGGCGCUGAUCUGGCUCUGCUACGACGCCCUGGUGCAUUUCACGCUGGAGGGUCCUUUCGUCUACUUGUCUUUAGUAGGAAGUGUGGCAGACUCGGAUGGCAUAAUUGCUUCACUAUGGAAAGAAUAUGGCAAAGCAGAUGCAAGAUGGCUUCAUUCGGAUCCUACCAUUGUAUCCCUGGAGAUGCUGACUGUUGUUCUAGAUGGAUUGCUAGCCUUGCUUCUCAUUUAUGCCAUAAUAAAAGAGAAGUACUAUCGGCAUUUCAUUCAGAUUACCCUUUGUGUAUGUGAACUGUAUGGGGGAUGGAUGACCUUCUGUCCAGAUUGGCUUAUUGGAAGCCCCAACCUUAACACCAGCAAUUGGCUUUAUCUUUGGGUCUACCUGGUGUUUUUUAAUGGUGUGUGGGUAUUGAUACCAGGAUUACUAUUGUGGCAGUCAUGGAUAGAACUCAAGAAGAUGCACCAAAAGGAGAUGAAGCCAGGAAAAAAAUUCAGAUGAAUUUUCAAAUCACAACUGUAUCCUUUGUUUAUAAAUUAUUGUGAUUUUUAGCCUACUGUUGUGUGGCAAAAAUGUAACACCUAAUCAAGUUGUUUUUUUUUCAGUGACAUUUUCCAAACUGAAUGUUUUCUUAACAGUUAUAUGGAGAAGACUUGGGGUUUGGGGAUUUUUAAAACAAAUAUAGGGAUAAACCAAUGCUAUUUAAAUUGUGCCAAUAAUAAAGUUCAUAAAAUAACUGUUUAAUUGUACUACAUUAAUAAACAUUGAUUUGUUAAGAGUCUCAUUUACUAUGUUUUAAUGCCUUAAUUAAAAAAGUAAAAAAAAAAAAAAAAAAAAA